AUGGCGUCGAAGAAGAGGGUAUACAAUUGGUACAUCUCUAUGGUAGCGGCCAUGUGCAUGGUUCUAUAUGGAUAUGACGCAUCGGUAUACAAUUCUGUUCAAGGCUCAGACAACUGGCUGGCGUACUUCGAUCUCGACACCGAGCGAGACACUUAUAUGAUUGGACUCAUCAACACGACUUACACAAUCGGAGCAAUUAUCGCGGGUUUCUUCCUUGGUGGCCCAAUUGCCGAUUUUGUAGGGCGAAGAUGGGGCAUGUGGAUUGGCUGCUUUACUACUGUUAUCGCGACGUUUAUGCAGACAUUCGCCCCUCGACAUAGCUUAGGGUGCUUCAUCGCCGGACGCGUUCUCGUUGGCCUCGGGCAAGGAAUCGCUUUGACAUCCGGACCGGUCUACAUCGGCGAAAUGGCUCCUCCUCAAAUCCGUGGCCUCAUCAUGGCUUUUUGGCAACUCUUUUACUCUGUCGGUUCCUUUAUUGCCUAUUGGAUUAACUACGCUUGUUCUCUCCAUCGCAGCUCGUUGGGAGAGUGGGACUGGAAGAUGGUGGUUAUCUUCCAGAUGAUGGUGCCAAUCAUUAUCAUGAUACUAUUGCCGUUCCAGCCCGAGUCGCCUCGCUGGCAUAUACAGCGCCAUGGCAACAUGGAGGCUGCCAAGGCUGCUCUCCGCAAGAUUCGCGAUACUGAACAAGAAAUUGAUGAGGAGGUCUUGGCGAUUCGUGAAGCUCUUGAGUAUGAAAAAGAGGCUAUUAGCAACAAUUACACUGCCCUCUUCAAAGACCCCUCGAUCCGCAAACGACUUUACCUCGCUUUCAUCAUCAAUGUAGGACAACAGCUGAGUGGCCAAGGAACACUCAACACAUAUUCCACGGCGAUCUAUAAGAAAGUCUGGACGUCAACGCAGACCAUCAACCUUAUCAAUGCUUUGAACGCGACCUUUGGCAUCUUGUUCACACUGAACGCGACAUGGACAGCUGACCGUUUUGGUCGCCGCUGGUUGUUUAUCAUUGGCGGUGUUGGCAUGGGCCUCUGCAUGUUAUUGGUUCCCGUGAUCGGCCAAACCACUCCCGACAUCAAUGGCACCAAGACGAAACCAGUCGGCAUCUCCAUCGUGUUCCUGCUAUUUUUGUUCAUCUUCUUCUAUAAGCCGUCUUGGGGUGCAACAACCUGGAUCUGGACCUCGGAAGUUUUCAGCAUGAACGUUCGUGCUCAGGCAAUCGGCAUGUGUAGUCAGAUGCAAAACGUGGCCAACACCAUCUUCCAGCAGUUCUUUCCCACAUUCUUGAAAAAUGAGGGCUUGAAAUGUCUUUACUUCUUCAUGGCAACCAACUUCCUGCUGGUUGUGUUUGUCUGGUUCUUCAUUCCCGAGACAAAGCAGGUUCCCCUGGAGGAGAUUGACGUUCUUUUCGGCGGCGUCAACCACGUGGAUAAAGGUGCUCAGAUUCUCGGCGCUCCGGAGACUCGUGGCAAAGAGCUGCACGUAGUUCGACAACUCGAAGAUAAGGAGAUCGCGGAUGCUUAG